AUGGAGAAAACACUGUGCGGUGAGUGCAAACUGGCUGUAAAUGAUUUGGAACCCAUCCGUUGCGGCUUCUGUGAAACUUGUUUUCAUAUCAACCAGCAAUGCUGUGGUAUCAAUAGUCGUCUCUGUAAAGAAUUUCUAGCGCAAGGCAAAAUAAUAUUCAUUUGUCCGUCCUGUCGUGAGGUACUGAACGGUCGAUCUGUUUGCGCUUAUGUGACAGAGUUGCAAUCAAACCAAUCCUCACAACCACAGCCUAUUGCCGAUUUACCAGCGCAGGUUCAGAAGCUCUUUGAUGUCGUCGAUAAAUUGAGCAGGAAAAUUGACAAUAUGCCCCGCACAUCGGUGAUUGAGGAUCCAAUGCUUGGUACAUCUUCUGCUUUGUCUACUACGCUUGUUUGGCCAAUAAAAAACGCAAAACGUCGUCGUACUGAACCUAUUCAUAUCGAAGCCGAUCGUGGUAAGAAUAACAUUGAUCUGAGUUAUUUAUCAGUACCUUCAAUUGUUCCCGUCGCUGCAAAGAACCGUUCUUGGCUAUAUUUAUCUGGUUUGAAUCCUAAGGUCACCGACGGUGACAUACAGAAAAUCAUUUCGCGCUGUUUGCACACCACUGAGCCUGUUGUUGCCAUACGGCUCGUGCGGAAAGGUAUUGAUACAUCGAACCUCUCUUAUGUGUCACACAAAAUCGGCCUGGAUCCAGAUUUGAAAAAUGUUGCAUUGGAUCCGGCUUCAUGGCCUACUGGCAUGCUGUUUAGGGAGUUUGUUGAAUUGCCAAAAAAUUAG